GGGCGGUGUCCGUCUUCAGUUUUAACUGAAUGAGCUAACAGGAGCCCUAGUGAAUAAGAAACAUUUGAUGUGAGAAAAAUAUGAGAUAUAUUUCAUGAAAAAAUAAGGCUGUAUUUCGAUGAAACUGAAGUAAAACAGCAAUCAGACAGGAAAAAAAGACGACUAGAUAUUACAAAAUAGAAACUUUUGACUGUGAUACCAAAAGAGAUUAGAAAAAAUCAAAGAUGGAAUCUUUCCCACACGUACUCCACGUCCUGACCAUCGGCCUUCUUCUCAUCAUCAUACUCAUCUUCCUUGUUCUGGCAGGUGGUAUCGGACCUGAUCGUCUGGCUGGCUUCGAUCCUGUUCUAGAAUAUGGAAUGACAGCAACUAUCAUACUCUACACUUUGAGAUUUCUGACAUUCAUUCCAAUACCGCAAGCAAUUUUUAAUUUUCUCGGACUAUUUUGUUACAAUACUCACCCUCCAAAGCCUAAGUUAAAGACCUCUACGUUAUUUGGCCCAUUUAUUUGCUUCAGGGUUGUAACUAGAGGAACAUUUCCAGAACUUGUGAAGAAAAAUGUGCAGAGAAAUGUGGAAAUAUGUUCAAGGAUUGGUUUAGAUAACUAUAUAAUUGAAGUGGUGACAGAUAAUGCCGUAAACCUACCGAAGUCACCACGACUUAGAGAAAUUAUUGUACCAAACCAGUAUGUCACAGCGAAUCAUACAAAGUACAAGGCAAGAGCUUUAAACUACUGCCUUGAAGCUGGUGUCAAUAUGCUUACAGACAAUGAUUGGAUUGUGCAUUUAGAUGAAGAAACUCUCCUCACUGAGUCGUCCGUUAUAGGUAUUGUCAACUUUAUCAACGAGGGAAGCUACAAUCUUGGACAAGGCGUUAUUACGUAUGCAAACGAAGACAUAGUUAGCUGGCUAACGACAAUCGCAGAUUUAGUAAGGGUUGGAAUGGACUUUGGAAUGAUACGAUUCUGUCUGAAAUAUCUUCAUAAACCAGUGUUCAGCUGGAAAGGAAGUUUUAUUGUAGCAAAUGCUGGCAUUGAAAGGCAGAUUACGUAUGAUUUUGGUAUAGAAGGUAGUAUAGCCGAGGACUGUUUCUUUGCUUUAACAGCCUGGAAGGAGGGACAUCAGUUUGGUUUUGUUGAAGGAGACAUGUGGGAAAAAAGUACAUUUUCUGCGUUAGAUUACAUCUACCAGCGUAAACGAUGGGUACAGGGUAUAUAUAAUGUGUUUUUUAGUUCACAAAUUCCAUUCAAGUAUAAGUAUGGGAUUUCACUGAUGUUACUGGCCUGGUUUUUCAUGCCUUUAACAGUCACAAACAUUGUACUAGUACCCUUGUUUCCAUUGCCAAUGUGGCGCAGUGUUAACAUCCUGUGCGGCUUUAUGGGUGCUGUAAUGCUGUUUCUUUACAUAUUCGGAGCAAUUAUGUCAUUCUCACCACGGAGAACAGGGUGGGCCAAAUAUAUUUUCCUUUGCUUUGUACCAGUUGUUGUAUUACCAGUUGCUAUGGUAAUGGAGACAAUAGGUGUUGUGUGGGCACUCAAAACCAGGAAACUAGACUCUUUCCAUAUUGUGAAUAAGCAGACGACACUGUCACCACAAACGACUGUACCUAGUGAAAAAUCCACAGCAAACACAAUUCAGCAUGUAUAACAAAUAUUAUUGUUGUCAUCAUUUAUUCAUUGGUUAAGCAUCAUUUUUUUGUGUGUGAAAAAUGUCCUUAAAAUUCCCUUAGAAUUUUUUUAGGCCUAAGUUGAUGUGUGUCUUGUGCUCUACAGAACAGUAUGCAGCAAAAUCAUGUUUUCGUGAAAGGUGUGUAUACCGGUAGUUCAAGCUUAACUGAAAGGUUACAUUGUACUUAUUUUGUGGGGAAUAAACAGAACUUUUUUAUCUAUUUGUUACUGUAUAACUGUUUAAAAAUUUAAUUCAUGUAAACAAAUUACUGACUUCUGAUACAGACUUGUAACAGAAAAGAAUUUCAAACAGUGAGAAACUACAGCAAGCAAACUGUUAACAGGUGUGUAUAAAUGUACAUAAAAGGUGUAGAAAUAUUGGAUGAGAUAUUUAUCUUCUAUAAUGUGUUGGAUAUAAUGUGUUAGAAUAUCUUCUGUCAGUGUCAUCGCAGAUUUACCAUGCUUAACAGCUGUCAAGUUUUUUCUUAAAACCUGAUGAAGUUGUAAAUGCAGGUGAUCCGAUUAUUUUCUUUUUAUUUCAUUUUUGAAGCAAUUUUUAUCUGGCCUUUUUGUUUAUUUAUCCCAUUAGCAUUGUUAAUUUUCAUGCUGAAGAGUGUAUUUUGUAGUGAUGUUUUAUAUAUUUUGUUUUUUAAGAAUUUUGUCUCAUUUUGUUGACUUAACUAUAAAGCAGUUGAAGAAGUGGGUUAUUAUUUUUUAUGCACAGCUGUGUUAUAACAGGAUUUUCAGUAUUAAAACGCAUAAUUUGAGAAUCUCAAAACUUUAUUUACACUUAAGUGGCCAGUUUAACAUGUGUACUUACAUAGUUAUAGCUUUCCUGUAUUUUAUUUGAAAAAAAAACAAAACAAAUGAAUUAAUGAUUUAAAUUUCAAAAAGUCUGGAAUUUAUGAUUAGCUCUAGUAUGAAUUUAAUUUUAAAACAGAAAAAGCGGCAAGUUUUAAGGAAGACAGCUUCUACGUUUGCUAAAAUCCUGUCGUAUGUAAAGAUGUAAAGUCAUAAAUAAUUUUUUUGUUGUUGUUGUUUUUAGCUUCUAGUUUAUGUCUAAAGUUAUGUCUGUUUUGUUGUUUGAAAAGUUAUUAGUGCUUUAUUUUGUAUUAAGGUUGUUAUUUUCUGAUAACUGACAUAUUUAACAGAUUUGUUUGCUCCUAAAAGGGUGAAGUAACUUCCAAAAUUGUUUUUGACGUUUGGAAUAUUUCAGAUAAAUACUUUUGCUGGUUUUGUUUGUCUCAGAAUUUAAUUAUAUUUAUUUUAUUUCAGUCUCAUCCAUUUACAUAAAGUAAAACCUAUAAACAGUAAAAAUCACACAUUGUAAAUGGCCACUCUCUAAGAGUUACAGGAGACUACAGAUAAUUGCUCAUAUGAGAUUAUUACAUAUACAAAUACAACAAUACAGAAACACACUUUAUAUAUAUAUAUAUAUAUAUAUAUAUAUAUAUAUACAAUGUAUAUAUAUAACAGACCAUCUAACAUUCUCAUGUUUCAGAUAACUGCUUAUUUAAUCAGCCUAAGUCAAAGAAUACAUCAAAAGCUCUGAUCAAGACUCAGAAUUAGACAGUUUGCAUAAGAGGCAAUAGUUUUUUUUUUUUUUUUUUAGAAAAGAAACCAGUUAUUAUCUAGUACGUGAAUUUAUUAUGUGCAUGUAUAUAGCUUAUGUCUUGCCUUAUCAUACCCUCCAAACUUUGUUUGGGGUGCUAUAUAGGAAUCACUUUGUCCUGUCCCUGUCCCUUUCCGUCCCAUCUAGGGAACGGAUACAGAUAUCAUGUUAAAACUGACAGUGUUUAUUUGGGAUACAUUUAAAUACCAAAUCCAAAGUCUCUGACUAAUUUUCAAAAAAUUAUCUCUCCCAUUCACUUGGAAAAAUUAUCAAUAUUGACAUUUCUUUCAAUAUUUCUGACACCUUUUCAUGCAGUUGAUUGAAAUUUCACACAAACAAUUUAAGUUUACACACUUAAAAUUAAAUCCUUUAUUAAGAUAUUGCAUUUGAACUUCAAAACCAGUUGAAGGAAUCAUAAGUCAAGUUCACAUAUUAGUUUCAUUGAAAAGUUACUUACACCUCAUGGCUCAUGAGGAAGUUGACAUAACAAGUUCUUUAACUCUGACACUUUUAUGCAGAGUUGUAUCCCUUUCUCACUUAUUUUUUCUCAUUUCUGAUAUUUAAGAGAACAACAUUAAGUCCACUGAAGGAAACUAAAUGUCACAUUGAUAUGAUACAUGUCUAUAAUAUUAUUAUGAUUUAAGAGAAAAACUUUAAAGCAAGUGAAGAAAAUUCCACAGUUAUAUAUAAAAAAUUGAACAAACUGAAAAGCACAUGAACUGUAACUUUUUCCUGAAUAUAGACAAACUUAUCUCCCUGAUUUAAUUUUAAAGAUGUCAUGUGUAGUAUUCAGAGAGUGACAAUAAUGUUUAUUUAUUACUGUAACAACCUUUCCAAACAAGGUCUUUGACAGGGGUCUGAAUAACAUUUAAUAAUAGCUCUAGCUUUUCUUCUUGUAAUUGUUAGAUUUUUAUGUCAGUUUGCACAUGUGUUAGUGCAGUUUUAUGUAAGCAAUCUUAAUUUUGUCAGAUUUUAAUUUCAACACUAAUUCUUGAUAUUUUGCUGCCAUGUGAUACUCAGAAAGGUGCAAUGAAAUGCUCUGUUACAUUUUUAUAACAUUUCACCUGGAAUAAAUAUAGUUUCAGAAGAUGUUACAAGUUUAUCUGUACUGUUUUAAGUGUUUGGGCCUCUGGACCUCUGUGAGCCACUGUCUUAGAAUCGCUUGGCCCAUAACUCUUAAGGGUUCAAGUCUUACUUGGUUCUGCAUGUCUGGAAGCUAUUUAGCAAGUUUCAGAAAGGUCACUGAUUCUAUAGAGGUGCCCUCCUGUGCUUGUAAAUAAACCCGGAGGAGCACCUAGGGUCUUCCUCCAACAUUAAAUUUAGAAAUUGACCAAAUGUUGAACUGUGUUGGUGUGAUUUAAAGUUCAACUGCACAAACAAUGUUAUUAAGUUUUAGUACCUGUUUACUGUGCCUGAGUAUUCUGUAGAGGAUAUGAAUCCUACAAGAUACUAAUUAAGAUUAACCACUGAGAUUAUUAAAUCAUGUUAAAGAAGUUGUUGAUUUUUUCUUUGUUUUUGUAAUCUGCUGAUACGUUGUUAGAAUCAAAUACUCAAUUACAUAAAGGGCAGUUUAGAAUAGACACUAUAUAUGAUACUUGUUGUGGUUUUAUUAAGUUUUCAGUACUUGUUGUUUAGCUUGCAUUUUCCUUCAUCUAAUCCAUAAUGCCAGUGGAAGGGUGAGGUGGCAUUAGUCUUCUCUCCAUCCAUCAUAAAGGAAUCUCCACAGAUUUUCAUCCAAUUUGGUCUAAACAGUUUGCAUUUACUAGACGGUUUUUUGUAAAGUUUGUAUAAUUUGCAUUAAGCGAAAUUUCAGGACAGACUAAAUGUUUUACUAACAGUAUUAUCCUUGUAUGAUUUUAUCAUUAUGUGUGCCUGAAUUUUAGAACAAAACAUGUGUAUUUUUAAUGUGUUUUUUUUCCUGUAUUUUAUCAGAAGAUCUGAUUUCGUUAUUUGUUUAUUAUCAACAAAACAAAUAAAUAUUGCACCACUCAUAAAAUUAUUAUUGGUAAUCUAGUCAUUGAGAUAAACUUUAGAAUGUUCAUUAUAAUAUUGUUUAACAAAUGGGUACCCACGAAAUCCAUUGGUAUCAUUUUUCUGUCAUUGUUGAUUUUGUAAUGACUUACCUGUUGUAUUAUCAGUAAGUAAAUGAUCUGAGGAAAAAAUCCACUUUUUCUACAGUUUUUGGUGCUUUUUUAACAUGCAUAUCCAAUGCAUCAGGAUUUUAUCAAAGUAUUGCUUUUGGAAUAAUUGCAUCAUGGAUUGAGUAUAGCA